UUGAUGCGCAAUACUCAAAAAGUUAACACCGGCUUAAUAUACAUAUGGCUAUUCUAGUACCUACUGUAGUGUGAUACACCGCGCGGUUAAGUUUUUAUUUAUUUUACAGUGAUUUUUGGAUUACCUUUUUUACAAAAUGUCUUGGUGGACCUCUUUAACCACCAGCUUCAGGAACUUUGGCAACAGAGUGGGAGCCCUAUUCGAACGAAAAAAACGCGACACAUCCGACGAAGCCGAAGCUGUGGGCAGCAAAGUUGAGGAUGUAGCUGAAGAAGCCGUACAAAAAACUGGUGAAAUUAUUAACCAAACCAAACAAAAUAUAGCUCAUGACGCACAAAAAGCAGGUCAAACAAUCGACAACAAGCUUCACGAAGCUGAUCAAAACAUCAACACAACGGCCAAGAAUGUCAAUCAAGCUGCUGAAGCGAAAAAGAAGGAGUUGGAGAAAGGCGCGCAGGAUUUGGGGAGAUCGAUCGACAACAAACUCAAAGAAACCGGCGAAGCUAUCGAUAGAACCGCCCAGAACGCAGCUGACGCGGCUGCGGCAAAGUUGAAUGAAACGGCCGAAGCUGCUGAAGCUAAGAGGAGAGAAGCUGCGCAGGGUGUGCACAACUUUGGGGCCGCCAUCAACGACAAGACCCGCGAAGCUGCCGAAGCGGCCGAAGCUCAGAGACAAGCCGCAGCCAAGGGGUUGCACGAUUUCGGUCAGAACUUGAACAAGAGCAUCCACAAUGCCGGCGAAGCUAUCGACAACAAAGCCAGGGAAGCUGCUAAUGCGGCCGAAGCUAAAAGACAAGCCGCAGCUGAAGGAUUACACAAUUUCGGACAAAAUGUCAACCAAGGGCUUCAUACGGUCGGCGAUAAGGCUAGCGAAGCUGCCAAAGCUGUCGAAGCUCAAAGGCAGGCCGCAGCUCAAGGAUUAUCAAACUUUGGACAAAACGUCAACCAAGGCUUGUACAACGCCAAAGAAAACAUCAACCAAGGUCUUCACAGUGCCGGCGAAGCUAUGAGCGACAAGGCCCGUGAAGCUGCCAACGCCGCUGAAGCUCAAAAGCAAGCAGCUGCUCAAGGUUUACAUAACUUCGGCCAAAGUGUUAACCAAGGUCUGCACAAUGCUGGCGACGCUAUUAGCGAUAAGGCACGUGAAGCUGCCGAUGCAGCUGAAGCUAAAAGACAAGCAGCAGCUCAAGGUUUGUCAAACUUCGGUCAAAAUGUCAACCAAGGUCUCCACAAUGCCGGCGAGGCUUUGAGCGAGAAAGCCAGUGAAGCUGCCAAAGCAGCUGAAGCUAAAAGGCAAGCUGCGGCCGAAGGAUUGCACAACCUUGGACAGAAUGUAAGUCAAGGUUUAAGCAAUGCCAAGGAAAAUAUCAACCAGGGACUAUAUAAUGCUAAAGAAAACCUUAGCGAGAAAGCCAGUGAAGCUGCGAAGGCUGCUGAAGCUAAAAGAAUCGCAGCUGCAGAGGGCUUACAUAACUUUGGACAAAAUGUUAGCCAAGGAUUAAACAACGCCAAGGAAAACGUCAAUCAAGGUCUCCACAGUGCCGGGGAAGCUUUGAGUGAGAAAGCCAGUGAAGCUGCAAAGGCUGCUGAAGCUAAAAGGCUAGCUGCGGCUGAAGGGCUACAUAACUUUGGACAAAACGUCAACCAAGGUCUCCACAGUGCCGGGGAAGCUUUGAGUGAGAAAGCCAGUGAAGCUGCAAAGGCUGCUGAAGCUCAAAGACAAGCUGCCGCUGAAGGGUUACAUAACUUUGGACAAAACGUCAACCAAGGUCUCCACAGUGCCGGGGAAGCUUUGAGUGAGAAAGCCAGUGAAGCUGCAAAGGCUGCUGAAGCUCAAAGACAAGCUGCCGCCCAGGGAUUGCAGAACAUUGGUCAAUCUAUCAACCAGAAGGCACAGGAAACCAGUCAAGCAGUCGAAAGUAAACUCAAGGACACUGGAAGCUACAUUACGAAAAAAUCCAGCGAACUAAAUCAUGGCUUGUUGGAGGCCGAAAAGGCCGCAGAAGAAAAAAUCAGGGGGACCAGUCAGUCAAUAGGGAGUGCAAUCGAUAGUGGUCUUCAUGAAGCCGGCGAUUUUUUGUCGGGGGCUACAAAUAGCCUUUUAAAAGGUCUUGAUAACACCAACAAAAAGGCUCAUGAAGAAAUUGACGAGUCUAGCCAGGUUGCAGCUAACUUAUUUUCCAAGGGUUUAAUGCACAAAUAA